CCCCGCCCCGGAGGGCUGCGGGAGGGCUCACGUGGGGGAGAGGCGCCUAUGGGGAGGCGGAGGGAGCCGGGCAGGGCGGUGGGGCCCGGCGGGGCCGCCAGCUGUCAAAGAGGCAUCCCGGGCUCUGCGGGCGGUAGCAGCCCUAUGUGUCCCUAAGCUGCGAAGCCCCCUCGGCCCCGCUCGCCAUGAACUCCGAGGAGCAGUAUUACGCCUCGGCGCAGCUCUACAAGGAGUCGUGUGCGUUUCAGAGAGCCCAAGCGCAGGACUACAACCCCAGCCCCCCCGCCUGCCUCUACAUGGGCAGGCAGCAACAGACUCCUUAUUCCAGCGCCUUAGGGGCUCUCGAGCAAGGCAGCCCGCCAGACAUUUCACCUUACGAGGUGCCCCCCAUCACUGAGGAUGCCGGGGUCUCUCACCUUCAUCACCAUCACCACCCUCAUCUUCCUCCUCCCCAACAAGACGCGCUGCCUUUCGCAGACGGGGGGGACACGGGGGCUAUAGAGGAGCCCCGAGUGCAGGUGCCUUUCGCCUGGAUGAAGUCCACCAAAUCGCACGCCUGGAAGGGACAGUGGACCGGGGGAUCCUACAUGGUGGAACCGGAGGAGAACAAGCGGACGAGGACGGCGUACACGCGGGCGCAGCUGCUGGAACUGGAGAAGGAGUUUCUCUUCAACAAGUACAUCUCCAGGCCACGGCGGGUGGAGCUGGCUGUCAUGUUGAACUUGACCGAGAGGCACAUCAAGAUCUGGUUCCAGAACCGGCGGAUGAAGUGGAAGAAAGAAGAAGACAAAAAGCGAGGGGCGGGCAACAGCAACGACCCCGAGCAAGACUGCGUGGUGUCCUCCGGGGAGCUCCAGACCAAGGAGGAUCUCCAGGCAUGUCCCUCCGGGAACCUUCCUUCGGGAGCCUCCAGGGACCUCCUCGCCCCCAGCCUAGUCCCCAGAAGGCAGCAGGACUCUCGGUGAGCCGCGGGGAGCCCCACGACCCGGGACGAGGAAAAGGAUGGGACAUGGAAAAGAGCCGAGAGCUUCCCUCCGCCGUGCACUGCCGGACCGGGCCGGGCCGCGCUGACCCACUCGUGCCUUCCCUCGGGGAAACGCGGUGCCUCAGUUCCGAAACUCUCGUUCCCCGGGAAAUAAAUGUAAGAUGCCGGGCUGUGACGAGGAGAGGCUCGCUGUGGGCUCUACCCCCGGAGGAGGCCGCAGGGAGCCGCCGGGAUGGCGGCGAGCCGGGCCCCGCUCCCCCGGGCCGUCCGCGCCUCAGCGAGCCCUACGGGACAGCUUCUCCCGGGGAAGGUGGGCCUCAGGUGGCCUCGGACGGUGUGUGCCACCCUGGGUGCACGGAGAGGGCUAGAAACCGGAGGAGAAGCGAGCCUUCCUUGCCGCGGACAGCUGUAGGUCGGAGCGCGGACACCGACCCCAGUACCCCGGACCAUCCACAGACUGGCAGGCAGCCGUCCCCGUCCCUUCCAGUCCCCCAGGGCAUCGGCUCUACCGAGGACUCUUUCAGGACUGUUACUUACUUCUCUGGAAACUGGAACCUGGUUUCUUUCGUUUUCUUUUGCUUUUAGGAAAGGAAGGGGGGAGGGGGGAGGAAAAAAGAGAGAAAAUAAUUUUUAAAAAUUAGAAAAGAAAAAGCCCACGUGUCCUGCGGGCGGGAUUUGUCUCCCCCGAUGACCGGCUCCCGAUGACCGGCACAGGUAGCCAGACCCUCCUCCGGGGCUGCGGGGACCCUGCGCAGGUGCCCGCGGCUCCGCGCCCGUCCGGGCUCCGGGGACUCCGCGGCUCCAGGGCCGCGCUCGCCUCUUCGAGGGGUGAAUGCGAGCACAGGGACGCAACAGAAAAAAUCGCGGAUGCUCUCCGGGCGGCGAGAAGAAUGAUAUAUCUGGGGGGUAGGGCUGGUCUCAGGGACCUUGUCCUUUGGGAAAAAGCUCCUGCGCCUCUUCCAAGUCUUUCGCAAGCUCGGACUCUCUGCCUUGGAGAGGAGAAACCUCUCUGCAGCAUGAGCUCCUGUCCCGGCGUGGCUUUCUGCGUGGUUUUUCUCCGCAGACUUGUUUUUACACCCCAGCAGAGGCUGGGGGCCGGCUGCCUCCCGAGGCACUGCCGAGCACCGGGGACUUUUCUUGGGGUGCUAUUUUUCGGUCUGGCCCGGCGUGCAGGAGAGCUCGGCUCCUCCGAGCUGGGAAAGAGCCCGGCCGGGGCUUCCCUGCUGGAAGAUGGGUAGCGGAGCCCGUGCCGGCCGCCCGGAGCCCAGCCUGCCUUCCCUGCUUCCAGGAACAGCCUCCCUGUCCCGACAACGGCGGGGACUCCAGCUAAGUGGGGGGCAAAUCACAGCCGAACUAGAAACAGAAAGAACCGGUUGGAAGGAAGUAGGAGCUGUCCGGUUCGCUGCGGGUCAGGCGGAUCUGCCCUCUCUCCUCGACGGGGAGGUUCCUGCUCUGUACCCGGCACAGCAACCCCUCGAGCAUCCCUCGGAGACUGCCGCGGGCCCGGGAGUGCCACGGGAGGAGGAAAAUGAGGACCUGUCGCGUCCUGGUCAGAGGAUGCUCCCAGUCCCUCGGCUGAAAGCGAGGGGGAGAGCAAACAGCUUGGCACAGCUCUUUGCAGUUUUCUCCUCUUACAUGAAACUUCUAACACUGAGGUGGAAACUUGAACUGAAGGUGUAAUUUGUCUGUUGCUUUUCUUUCCUCUGGGGACAUUAAUAUCUGUGUGCCAGGAGGACUAUUUCUGGUAAUUUUUCCUGCACGUUCCCCGAGAAAUUUCUCAUCCGAGCCUGUAUACCCUUAUUCAUCAGAAUGGAGUGAGGACUUUUAACUAAUCAUUAUAUGAGAAAAAUUCAAA